AUGGCAGCCGCCGACGGGCUGCUCCUCCACGUUCCGGAGUCCCCGGCCGCCGCCCCCAGGACGCUCCCGGGACCCCGCCGGGCCCAGGGGACCCGGCAAGCAGAGGCCACCAAAAGAAAACACCAAGCAUCCAGUGAGGCUCCCCCAGCGAAACAGAGGAACGAGGCAUCAUUUCUCCUGGCCAAGAAAGCUGCUGCUAAAGAAACACAAAGGACUUUUAAGGGGAAGGCACAGAAAACAUUUUCUCCGAAGAAAUCUUUGGUUGGUGUGAGUGAUGGAACCCAAGAACAGAAACCGUGCAUUAGGACUUCAUCGUUAUUUAAAAACAACCCUGAAAUCCCAGAGCUCCACAGACCUGUAGUAAAGCAGGUGCAAGAAAAGGUGUUCACUUCAGAUGCUUUUCAUGAACUGGACCUCCACCCACAUUUAAUUUCCACAAUAAAUACGGUCUUAAACAUGACUAGUAUGACCAGCGUUCAGAAGCAAAGUAUUCCUGCGUUGCUGGAAGGCAGAGAUGCUCUGGUGAGGUCGCAGACGGGCUCAGGUAAAACUCUUGCCUACUGCAUCCCUGUGGUCCAGUCUCUUCAAGCAAUGAAAUCAAAAAUACAGCGCAGUGACGGCCCCUAUGCCCUGGUACUGGUGCCGACAAGAGAGAAAUCCCGUGCUGCUGGCCCCCAGGAAAUCCGAGAGCGAGCCACCGUCUUGCAGACGGUGUUUGAAGAUUACGUGCACUCCAGCUCGAGGAGGGUCUCCUGGGCGAAGAAAGCUCUGCAGGCCUUCAUCCGAGCCUACGCAACCUACCCCCGGGAGCUGAAGCAUAUCUUCCAUGUCCGGUCGCUCCACCUCGGCCACGUGGCUAAGAGCUUUGGGCUGAGAGAUGCCCCCCAGAAUCUGAGUGUGGCAGCUGUGAAGAGAAGGAAAGCGAACCUGAACAGGAACCAGAAUACUUCAGAUCCCAUGGGCUGCUUUUAG